UCCAAUUAGUAGUGCAAAAAUGAGUGGAGGACAGUUUGAUGAUGCGCUGGACGAUGCCACACAAAGGCUCGAUUUCUUCCAGCUGCAAGAGAAACCUCUGGUUCCUGCCACCAAGCAAGUGAUUCACAACAGUUUGACGAAGAAAACUGAAAUCGAACUACAGGAUGCACUUUUUGGGACAGCCAAAAAUGAUAAACCUUCGGACGAUGAGCACUGGGAAGAAUAUUACAACGAGGAAGAUAGUGACGGCGACAAUGAGGACGAUGAUGAUGAUUUCUACUGCUACGAGGGUGGUGAGUUGAAGCGAAAUCAGCAGCUGAAUCUGAAUCAAUCACACACAAACGCACAGCACGCAAGCCAGAAGGUGUUACACUUUCAACCGGCGGACGUUCUGUUCAAAAAGUUUACCAACCGCAUCAACGUGGAAAAGUACGAAGGACCGGCAUCGCUACCAAACCACGCCAAGAACACACUCAUCGAAACGCAACGUAAAGCGGACAGUGAUCGGCUGCGCAGCAAAGACAAACAGGAUCGUGCGACAGCGGAACAGGUGAUGGACCCGCGGACACGCAUGAUACUGUUCAAGCUGCUCAAUCGUUCGAUGAUAACGGAAAUCAAUGGAUGUAUCUCUACCGGCAAGGAAGCGAACGUAUACCAUGCCACGUCCAGUAGUGGGCGCGAUUAUGCGAUAAAAAUCUUUAAAACUUCGAUCCUUACGUUUAAGGAUCGGGAUAAGUACGUGACCGGAGAGUACCGCUUCCGGCAUGGGUAUAGUAAGCACAAUCCACGCAAAAUGGUUCGCACAUGGGCAGAGAAAGAGAUGCGUAACCUGGUACGCAUGAAAAAGUGUGAUUUGCCCGUUCCUGAACCGAUUCUGUUGCGUAGCCACGUGUUGGUGAUGGAAUUUAUUGGACACGAUGGUUGGCCAGCACCAAAGCUGAAAGAUGUGGAGCUGAGCAGUACGAAAGCACGCGAACUGUACCGAGACGCGGUGGAAAUGAUGUGGACGAUGUACAACCGCUGCAAGCUGGUCCAUGCCGAUCUGUCCGAGUUUAAUCUGCUCUACCACGAGGGCAAGAUCGUCAUCAUUGAUGUGUCCCAAUCGGUUGAGCACGAGCAUCCGCAUGCGUUAGAAUUUUUGCGCAAAGAUUGCACCAACGUUACAGACUUUUUCCGUAAGCGUGAAGUAUCGACGAUGACGGUAAAGGAGCUGUUCGAUUUCAUUACCGAUGCGGCAAUCACCGGCGAUGGGGUCGAGCAGCGGUUGGAAGAAAUUUCCGCUCGUAUCGCAAACCGUAGCUUCGACGAAUUUACCGAACAGCAGAAGCUGGAUGAAGCGGUUUUUAAACAAAUUUUCAUCCCCAAAACUUUGCACGAAGUGUACGAUGCGGAGCGUGAUGUGUUCGACAAGCGUACGGAUGAGCUAGUAUACAAAACUAUCACCGGAUUGGAAGCGAUGGAUGCGAAUCGGAAAAAGGGUAGCACACGGGAAGGGGUGAAAAAUGGGAAUGCUGAUACGGAGACGGACACAGCAUCGGAACAGUCGGAAAAUGAGGAGGAUGAUGAGGAUGGAGAUGGAAAGCAAGCGUCCGGGAAUAGUGUGAUAGUGGUGCGAGCUAAAGAUGAAACACCGGAAGAGCGAAAAGCUCGUAAAAAAGCGAUCAAGGAUGAAAAGGCUGAGAAGCGAAAAACUAAAGUGAAGAAGCACAUAAAAAAGCGAAAGGAAAAAGUUGCCGGCAAGAAAUAGGCACUAUUAAGG